AUGGAGCAGCCACAUGAUUAUUACGAGAGGAAGAGGAAGCCUUUAAGAGUCACCAUAAACGCCCCUAAACGGCCGCUGUCUUCGAGGGUAACGCAAUCGGAGCCGCUGCCGUUCCUUCCAGAUGAACUUAUCAGAGAAAUCUUGCUGAGGCUUCCGCCAAGAUCACUGCUUCGCUUACGGAGAGUGUGCAGUUCAUGGAAAACCCUAAUUUCCAGCUCUCAAUUCGCCAAAGACCAUCUUCAACAUUCAACCGCCGCGGAUCCAAGUUUGAGUGGGCCACGAGUUGCUUAUCAUCAUUAUUUCCACAACGGAUUCGGAGAUUGCUCCUUACGCUCCUUGGUCGAGAACCCUUCCACACCUACGGAAGUCGUUCUCUUCGUGGAGAGCCGUUACUACACGGUUAUUGGCUCUUGCAAUGGAUUGCUGUGCUUGCUGUAUGAUGUUGUUGGCAUCAACACCUGUGUCAGGUUGUGGAAUCCCUGUACUGGAUUAUUGACAACCCCAUCAGUGGGACGUGGAGAAUUCUUUUCAGUUGGCGGCUUCGGCUAUGAUCAUGUGAAUGACAAGUACAAGGUUGUUGUGAUUGUAAAUCACAUGGGGGAUCAUACAACCAGAAUUUGUACAUUUUGCCGCAACCCUUCCAAUAGAGCCAUUCAAGGGAUCCCAUAUAGCAGCAUAAAGGGUGAUCGUCAAGGGGUAUUUGUGCCUGGCACCGCUACUCUUAAUUGGGUUUGUCAGCAUGACACUCUGGAGUACGUGGUUCUUUCCCUUGACUUGGUGAAGGAGACUUUUAGUGAGUUUUCCCUGCCUCUCACUGAUCCGGAUGAUAAAACCUUCAUCUUCCCACAGUUAUGUGUGCUGAGGAACUGCCUUGCAUAUUGUUUUAAUCAUGCGAAAACUCAUUGGUUCGUGUGGGUCAUGAAGGAGUAUGGAGUGCCUAAAUUGGCCAUCAUCCCCUGCCUUCCGUGUCUACCCGAUUAUCCUUUACUUGCGCUUCUAGAUGAUUAUCAUUUACGUCCAUUGUAUAUCUGGGGAAACAAUAUUCUUGUGGCGGUUGCAUCAACUUCAAAUAUAGUUCUGUAUAAUUUGGAUAAUGGUAGCUUUGAAUUUCCUGAACCUACUCCUUCAAUAGGAUUGUCCGUCUUUAUUUAUCACGAAAGCUUAGUUUCACCUGACCUUCCAAGUAGCUCAUCCCAAAUUCAGUUAAUCAACGCUAACCGACAAGCUGUCUUCUGA